AUUGAGGUUUUUUUUAUGGUAUUCCCAAAUGUUCUAAUGACUUAAGGAACUGCUAUAUACCUUUAUGGAAGAAACAAUAAUUAAUAUAACUAAUUUUAGGGUUUCAUAUAUAGGUUUUAACUUUGAGUAUAAUUAAAUAUUAUACCUCAUAAAUCUGCCUUUCAAUUAAGGGGGCUUUAUAUAAUGGUUUAAAACUGACAAUAACCUAAUUAGGAAAGCCAGCCGAUUGCCGCCCUUCUAGGCAGUGCGGCUCAUUUGCCCCCAGCCUCCACCUGGAAGGAGCACGUGGCACAGGGAGCCAGCUCCCAUUGGCCCCGACGUGCUUCCAGGGCAGGGCUUACUGCAGCGAGCCGGCAGCACGCAUGCGCUGGCUCAGUCCUUCUCUCGAGCGAGCAGAGAGAGGACGUCUGCUGCAGAGCUCCGAGGCCAGCACUACACAUGGCCGGGCCUGUUCGGAGUGGCGGCUAGCCGGAGCGGUGCCGGGGGACUGCAACAGCGGGCCGACCGCUUAGGCCGGCCCGCUUCCUGCAUCAGCGCCGCAUAAGUGGCCUGCUCGGGUCAGCUGUGCGGGGGCUGUAGCAGCGGCCGAGGGCUCUUAAGCCCCGCCACCCGUGACUCCGACUGGCCAGCCCGGGGGCUGUAGUGGCGGCCGGGGGCUCUUAAGCCCCACUGCCUGGGGGAACUGGGCGGCCCACCGGCUGCGCGGCCGCCCCAUAGAGGCGGCGGAGGGCUUCUAAGCCCCGCCGCCUACGACAUAGAGCAGACUGCCCGGGGGCUGUAGCGGCGGCUGAGGGCUCCUAAGCCCCACCACCUAAGAUACUGGGCGACCCGCCGAUUGCGUGGCCGCCCCCAUUGCAACGACGGAGGGCUCUCAAGCCCUGCCAUGAGGGAAGCCGGGCCCGGACGCCCCCCCCCACGGUUGGGCCAGUUCCAAGGCUCGUUGCACCGGGGGCUAUAGGCCCCUUAGGUCCUCGGGCUCGCUUCUGGGGGUAGCUCCCAGCCCCCCCGGCUCCCAGCUCGGUGGCAGGCCAUCUCUUGAGGGCAGCUCUUCCAGCGGACCAUCCAUCACAAGCAGCUAUCCAGGCAGACCACCGGAGCAUUGCAUCACAGCAGGCUGGUCACCCGGCCCGAGGUUUGGAGCUCGGUUCUGGGAGGUGGUGGAGGUCAAGAGAGAGGUUAAAGCAGGCACGCUAACAGCCAUUUGCCCCCCCUUUUAGUUCUCGGAGGUCUGGGUGGUUAAAGCAGGCAUUCUAACGGCCAUUCCCCCCCCCCUUUUUGGUUCUCGGAGGUUUGGGCGGGUAUACACUGGGCGCAGCCACAAUGGGCCCUAAGAAGGCCCCAAUUAAGAAGGGUGGUAAAGCCCCAGUCAAGAAAUGGGGCAAGCCCGUGCGGCCUGCUAAGAGGCCAAACAUUCCUGUGGAGUCUUCAGAUGAGGAGGGUGAUCUCGAGCUGGGGGCCAUCAGGGCGCUUAUCACCUGCCUCCAAGCCCUGGAGAAGCAGCGCGCUACCCUGGGGGUGGGGGAAUGACUCAGGGGGAGGGUCUUCUGGGGUGCCCCCGCAUCCACAAAGGACAUCCAGGGCUGCCAAAAAGGCCAAACUGAUGCAGAGUUUUGCUGAUCGUUUGGCAGCUCUAGAGGCGGCGGCGGGACCGGCGGCAGCGAAGUCGCAUGGGGACAAGCCAUUCCAGGCUGCACCAGUGCCGGGCGACGGUGGCGAGGACCCCAGGAACGAUGGGAAUGAUGCGGGGAGCCAGAAGUAUGAUCUUGAAGCUGGUUUUAGCAAUGCCAAAACCUAUGUUUACCACUAUCAAGGAUUCAUUCUGAAUGGGCUGCCAGAAAAAGGUUUAGCAAAGUCUGGCUUAAAACUGACUUGCAAAGUAGAGAUCAGCAGAGUGUCCCAGGAAUUUCACCUUAUUAAGGUGCUUUCUCCACAACUGGAAGAAUACAAUGGAAUCUGGCCCAGGGAUCCUUUCACCAACGCACACAAACUCACUCAGCAGAUUGGUCUAUGUUUUACCCAACCAUUUAAGUUUCACUAUAUAAGAGGGCAUGUUGAAAACAUUCAUGCCCCAAAAGACAUCCCAGUUUUGUGUGUUAAUAUAAUGAAAGGAAUCCUGAACUUGUUACCAAUAACCAUGAAGGAAUCAGAAAGAACAUAUGAAUUACAAGAGGCUGGAGUUGAAGGCACUUGCCACACAAGGUACAUUAUCCAGGAUGACAGGAAGAAUAACAGAGCCAUUGUUUCUCGAACCAAAGACCUCAACAAUUGUGUGGAGAAAGUUGUGAAGAACAUUGGAAUGGCCUAUAUCCGGCCUUGUCCUCAGUGCUCAGUGAAAGCCGGGAACACAAGAGGUACUGCAGUACUCACUCACAUACUGAAAUAUACAGAUACUGGAGCCCUGAUCAUACAUGCUGAAUCUGAGCAAGUGUAUGAAAUUUCCCCAUUCAAUGAGCCUAGUGGUACUGCUACAAUUGAAGCAAGACAAAACCUGACUUUGAUUGAGACUAAAAGCAACCAAGAAACAAUACCAGAUAUCCAACUGCAAAACCAUGGAAAUCUUCACUACCAGUUUCCAGAAGACUUGCCUCAGAUGGCUUUUCAUCUCAUAAAGACUAAAAACCCUGAAGCAGGGAUUUUAGAAACCCUACAGCAGUUAACACAGCAAAGCCAGCUACAAAUCCAUGCAAAAAUGCCAGUCACAUUCUUGGAACUUAUUGAGCUCUCUCGAUUAGCAACCCGUGAAAAUUUGGAAUCAGUUUGGAAGCAAUCUUCAGACAGACAGCACUACAGGUAUUUGCUACUGAGUGCAAUCGCUACAGCAGGAACAACGAACACAUUCAUGUUCCUGAAGCAAAUAAUUCAAAAUGAGGACCUCAGCUUCUUAGAGUCAACUCUAACUCUCCCUUUGGCCUUCCAUUUAACAAAAACUGACAGCCACACCUUAAAAGUAGCAGCAGAUCUAAUUACCAGCCAUGGAGUCCAGAAAUCCUUAGCACUUCGCAACCUUGCUUACUUGGCAUAUGGUUCCAUGAUAUGCAGGCACUGCUCUGUCUCUUCAUCUUGCUCUUCUGGAAUUCUUAAACCCCUCCAUGAUCUCACAACUAAUGCAACCACUGAAGAUGAGAUUGUGUUGGCUCUGAAGGCCAUUGGCAAUGCAGGAGAACCAGCCAGCAUCAAAUACAUCAAGAAGUUCUUGCCAGGAUUCUCACCUACUGCUAAUGCUUUGCCAGAGAGAAUCUACAUAAAUGCAGUGCUGGCCUUGAGGAAAAUAGCAAGGAAACAAGCUGCAGAAGUACAGGGAAUCAUCUUGCAGAUCUUUAUGGAUCAGUCGCUUCCUCCUAAUGUCCGAAUGGUGGCCUGUGUGGUUUUCUUUGAAACCAAGCCUGCUCUCCCCCUAGUGACAGCAAUGACCAAUUUUGUGCAAAAGAAGAACAGUUUACAGGUUGCCAGCUUUGUAUAUUCCCACAUGAAGGCAUUGGCCUUGGGCAAGAUACCACAGCUUAAUCAUCUGUCUACUGCUUGCCGCAUUGCUAUUAGGCUACUCAAUCCCAGGCUAGAUGAGUUGAGCUAUCGUUACAGCAAGGUGAUUCAUACUGAGAGCUACAGUUCGGUGUACAGAGCAGGUGCAAUUGGAAGACUUUACCUAAUGAACAGCCCCAGAUCAGUGUUUCCAUCGGGAAUCAUUGCAAAGAUGAGAGGAUACUAUGCUACUUCAGCCAUGGAUAUUGUAGAGGUUGCUUUCUGGUCACAAGGCCUAAUGGAUAUCCUCAAAAAACAAAAGACAUCAUUUGAUUCAACACACAAAACAAUGAAGAAGCUUGGGAAACUGGUCCAGGGAUGGAAGGAACUGCCUUUGGAAAAGCCAGUGGUAUCCGCCUAUCUAAAAUUAUUUAGUCAUGAAAUUGCUUUUGGUAGUGUUGACAAAGAACUCAUCCAAAAAAUGAUGAAGUAUGUGACUGAACCAGAAGAAAAGGAGAAGCUGGUGAAGCAAAUAAUCACUCUGUUCCAAAAAGGCCUAGAGGGCAAAUGGAUUCAACCUGUAUUGGUAGGAGAACUUCGACACAUUGUGCCCACAUGUGUUGGCGUCCCAGUAGAAAUGGGAUUGUACAGCAUAAGUAUGGUACAUGCCAUGGCCACAGUUAACGGGCAGAUAUCUCUCCCAUUGACUGGAGACUUUAGGCUCAAGCAAUUGCUCAAAGCCAAAGUGCAAUUGAGUGCCAAUGUUAACACAAGUAUAUAUACCGAUUUGAUGGCAGUGAUGGGAAUCAACACACCGUAUUUCCAGACUGGUCUUGAAUUCCAUGCUAAAUUCCAUGCAAGCAUGCCAGUGAAGUUUGAUGCCAAAAUAGACAUGAACAAGGAAAGCUUUAAAUUUGAAGCCACUCCAGUGCAACAGGAGACAGAGUUACUGGGCGUAAGGACUAAACUUUAUGCUGUUUCAAGAAAUGUGGAUGAACCAGAUUCAGUGAAGAGGACCCCAGUUGUACCAGAAGUGGCUGAACUUGAUGAUGCAGAUCAGCAACUUAAGUCAUCGGAAAGAUCUUACAGAGAUAAUGCCAAAAAGCAAAGAAUGUCUUACGAAACUGGAUCACAGAGACAAGGUUACGGCCUUAAAAAAGACCCUCACCAAAGGAAAGAAAAAAUAUCAUGUCCGAACCCCUUUUGUAUCAAAAUUUUAGGGAUGACCAUUUGCACUUGCGUUACCCCGAAACUGUGCAAUGCUGCUUGCCUACACAAAUUUGCUCAAGAAUGUGAAAUCAAUCUGACUGUGAAACCAGAAGCUGCUAGAACCAAAAUACAACUGGAGAUUAAAAGCAAUCUAGGAUCUGAAACAACCGAGCUGGGACACUCUGAGGAGGAAUAUGAAGCUCUCCAGGCUAAAGUAAAGAAGCCCAAAUUCUUGAAACCACAAAAGCUGGUUGCUGUUCUCCGUACCAUCCAGAAUGAUAAGAAAGUCACAAGGUUUCAUCUUGUUGUGCGUGCUGAUCUCCACUCCUCCAUACCUACAGUAGAAGCAGUUGUGUCAGAAGGAUCCAACAGAAUGAAAUUCUGUGCUCAUUUUUCUAUCCGUGAUUCUCAGAAAGCAGAGGGUUAUCUAACCUGGGGCCAGGAAUGUCGGGACUACAAGAUUGCAGCCAGAUUUGCAUAUGGACACUAUGCCGGUUAUCCGGCUUUGGAACUCAAGGUUCUAUGGCCCCAAAUUCCUACAUCGACAAAAGCAGCUAUAAGAAGGCUUUUCACCCUUAUUCCAGGUAUUGUUUAUGUGCUUGGAUUGCCCCAAAGGAAACAGAAGAACCCUUCCCAAGAGGCCUCAGUAGUUGUGGCUCUCACUUCUCCAAGAAGCUGUUAUCUUGUUUUCAAGUUACCUGAUAUCACAAUUUAUGCCCCAGACAUUAUGCUCCCCUUUUCACUCCCUGUAAGUCAACACACAGAAGUUUUGGCAAUGCAGCCCCAUCCCUGGAGUUUAUUCUCUGAUGUGCCAUCCUUGGUCCUUGAGAAUCUGAAAGCUCAUUGUUCAGUAUCCCAAGAUUCUUUCACAACCUUCAAUGGUGUUCGUUUUAACUAUGGAAUGCCUGCAGGCUGCUACCAUAUCUUGGCCCAGGACUGUACCUCAGGACUGAAGUUCCUAGUGAUGGCAAAAAAAGCAGAUGAGUCCAAUCAACAAAUAACUAUCCAUAUAAAACUUGCCAAUCAUGAAAUUGAUAUGUAUCCUUCAAAUGGACUUGUUAAACUGAGGCUUAAUGGUGUACAAAAGCUGUCAGAGAAUCUCCCAUACUCUUCAAAUUCUGGUGUGCAUAUCCGUAUCACUAGCGAGAAUGGAUUGUUACUACAAGCCCCAGAAACUGGAGUGGAAAAACUCUACUAUGAUGGACACAUGCUCAAGAUUCAAGUACCUUUCUGGAUGACUGGAAAAACCUGUGGAAUAUGUGGAAGAUAUGAUGGUGAAUAUGAACAGGAAUAUAAGAUGCCCAGUGGAUAUGUAGCUGAAGAUACAGUGAGCUUUGCUGAGUCUUGGAUUCUUCCAGAAGAUUCAUGUGCCAGAGCUGAGACCAGAAACUCGACAGUAACUGAGGUUUGCACAGCAUGGUCUUGUGAACAGAUAUGAUGUGUAGCUUGGCAUUACAUGCCAGAGGAACAGAAGAGUCUCCAAUGGUUUUGGUUCCAAGGCAAACCUAUUCCUGCAUGAUAAUUGGCAGCGAUGAAGUUCUUUCAGAGAGCAAAAGCAACAGCAUGCUCUUCUUUUAAAAUGAAUUUCCACUGUAAUAAUAAAUGUCAGUCUUGAAAUACCACAUAUAAUAAAACAAACUACAUCAAGAACA